AUGGGCAAAAAGCGCGCACAAUGCUGCAUCUCAGUCGACAUCGACGCCGUAGCCGGCUGGCUAGGUAGCUAUGGCGGCGAAGACAGCACCUCUGAUAUCUCUCGAGGACUCUUCGCAGGCACAAUCGGCGUACGUCGUCUGCUCAAACUCUUCGACAAGUACAAAAUCAAGACCACUUUCUUCAUCCCUGGCCAUUCCUUAGAGACAUUCCCAGAAGAAUGCAGGAUGAUCGUCGAAGCAGGUCACGAAAUCGGGCUCCACGGCUACAGCCACGAGAACCCCAUCGCUAUGACACUAGAGCAACAGACUGCUAUCAUGGAUAAGUGCUACAAGCUCAUCACAGACUUCCAAGGCGGCAAGCCACCGCGUGGGAUCGUGGCACCGUGGUGGGAGUCGAGUCAAGAGGGUGCUGAGUUGAUGCUGAAGUAUGGUCUUGAGUAUGAUCAUAGCUUUUCGCACCAUGAUUGCCAGUGCUAUUGGUUGAGGACCGGCGAUAAGUGGAUCCCGAUCGAUUACAAGAAGCAGCCAGAGCACUGGAUGAAGCCUCUAGAGGCUGGGCAGAUGACUGGCUUGUGUGAAAUCCCUGCUUCGUGGUAUCUUGAUGACUUGCCACCUAUGAUGUUUAUCAAGAAGGCUCCCAACAGUCAUGGCUGGGUGAACCCGAGGGACGUCGAGGAGCUAUGGAUCAAUCAGUUUGAUUACUUCUAUCGCGAGGAAGAAGACUUUGUCUUCCCUGUAACAGUCCAUCCGGACGUUUGUGGGCAUCCUCAAGGAUUGUUCCUGCUCGAGAGGCUCAUCGAGUACAUCAAUACAAAAGAAGGCGUGGAGUGGGUAACGAUGGAGCAGAUCUGCGACGACUUCAAGUCGAAGAAUACACCACCAAAAGGAGCUCUGAUGCCUGCGAAGCAAGGAGCAAUCUUGGAGAAUCCGAAUCUGAAGCUUGAGGCGAAAGAAUAA